AUGGUCGUGACACAGCCAGGACAAUACCAUCUUGCGGUUAAUAAGACAGCCUGUUUUGCAAUUGCUAUUAACAUCCUGUUGGAUAACGAAAGAUUAUUUCCUGAUCGCCGCGUACGCGUUUGCGAAAAGUGUGGGCUGAGUUUUGCAGCGAAUAAGAAUAUUGGCAACAUCGAAUUGUUGCCAGGCGCAAGCGAGCGCAAAUCUUUGCGACAUCAAACGCGAACACAAAAGGCACAGCAGAGCCCAAGCAGCGCUCCGCAAAAAGUGCCAACGAGGACCUCUAAAAGGUUUGCCGCAGAGGCGACUGGACAACCAUUAGCAAAGAAACCAAAGGAUGGGCCGACUUCGGAUAACCUAGCCGACUUUCUGUUCAACUCCGAUGCUCUUAACCGGUUUCAGGAACUUCUUACUGCCUGGAAAGCCCGUGAUAAUAUACGGAGCUUUGCUGUUGGUGGAUUAGCUCCACAUGAGAAGGUGGCCGCAUAUUACGAAUUCGCUAGCCACUUUGACUCCAAAUCAGUUCUGACAGCGCUACUCGCUUGUGUUGCCCGGAUCCAAACCUUCAAAGAGAUAAAUAAAACAAAAGAGGGCAGGAAAAAUCUGCCUCCGGGUACGCUGGAAAAGUUUCACAAACUUUCAAAAACCAAGGUCGAAUUUUCGACUUUUCGUUCACACAUCUUCAACGCUCGGAAUUUCGAUGCGAUCCUCGGAAGUCUGGUGGUCUUUUUGCCGUUUCAAGGCAAUGGUGAGAUCUCUAUGCGGCAAUUUGAAAGAGGGUGUACGCCAAACUUCCGGAGUUGCCUGAGGUCCCGCCCCCAUUUCGAAUUAUUUCAGCAAUUGGGGCAAACUUUUGUGGAUUCGAUUUUGGAAGACAGCGGAUACCAAAUGACGAUAUUUGAAUGUGUCCCUACCAAGCCAGAGCUGUCAAAGCUGCCUCUGGAGUGCCAAGUUAAAUUGCUCAAGGUCGGGUAUAUACAGGAAAAUUUGAGCGAAACCCCCAAUUGGCAGAAGCCCGAUGAUUGGCUCUGGGACUGGCCCCUACCCCCGGAUUGGCUGCCACCAGGUUGUAAAUGCAUGCUCUGCAAACAUUCAAACUGCACAUGCAUCCAAAGAUACACUACCUGCGAAGGGCUUUAUGUUAGCCACUAUGGCAAAAAGGGUUUUGGCAUCCGGGUUACCAAAUUUUACGGGCGACGUCAUGUGUUUGGGGAACUUGUCGGGAAUCUCGUUAAACCGGGUUCCUUUUCUGAUGGCAUGGGUUUGGUAUUUGCCAGGGAUGAUCUGGAUGAACAGCCUGUGACUGCACAGCUAUAUACCGGAGAUAAAGGGAACAUUUUUCGGUUUAUUAACCACCGAUGCCGUUCUCCCGCGGUCAAGAUUGAGGGUAUGAAAAUAUCUGGGAAGUACCGGAUGAUGGUUGUUUCAGUGAGGGAUGUAACUGCGGGAGAGGAGCUCACUGCAAAUUGGGGGCGCGGUUUUAUAGAGGGUAUCUCCCACGCGAAUCUCUCCACAUAUAAUCGCGUGAGCGACCUGGGAUAUUUGGGCGUUUGGAGUUGUGUUGCUAUACCAGUUUGGCAGAAGUGGCACCCGACAAAUUUAAAGCGCCACCCGCCUGAAGACCUAAAUCCAAUACGAACGGGCGCCAGGAACGGCUGA